CCAACCACCCAGCUGCUUGUCUUUUUUUUCUUUUUUCUUAAACUCACAGCCAAUGUACACACUUCUCAAACACACGCAUGCCCAAGCACAAUGACAACAUUAAAAAUUGAGGCGCAUCUCUUGGAUGAAGAGGAAGAGAAGAGGGGAUACGCUUUGCCAAAGAGAGAGGGGCUUGUGGAUUCUUCUCUGUCUUCUUUUAAGAUAUUAACUGAAGAUGUCCUCAUCAUGUAUAGCUGUGGCCAGCCAUGGACUGAGAGCUUUGAAAUAUCCUGAGUAGGAAGAGAGGAAUGAUGGAGGGAUGACUGCCAAGGGGAAGAGAAGAAACGGGUACAGUGGAGUGAGCGUGCAUUGUGUGAGUGGAGCAGACACUUGAUGCUAGUUGGUCACUGUGUGCGUGUGGUGUGUCCAUGUACGCAGGCUCGAAUUGUGAUCUUUCAGAAGCUUUCCCGUCACAUGAACUUGUCUCGUCGUUUUAAAGUGGAAGGUGAAUUUCAGGAAAUACUUUAUGGGUGCAAAAGUUUAGCCUUUUAGAGCCUGUUCUGGUCAGUUAAAACGAAGAUAAUGAAGGCAUACACAUUGCUCUUUUUGGGUAGUACAGGCUUGAGAAAAGUAUGGCUUGGGGGCCACAUGAGGCCCAUUCCAUUCGUCAAUCUGGUCCACUUAGCGGUCAUAUAAUAGACUGUAUUGCCAAGAGUAUAUCAUUUUAAGUGAUAUCCCAUUCUAAAUCCAUAUGGUUUCAUAUGAUGUUGGUCUAUCCUUUGCAGCUCUAACAUCUUCAACUCUUGUGGGAAGGCUUUCAACAAGGUUUAAGAGAGAGUUUAUGGGAAUUUUUGCCCAACACAGCAUAUUUGAGGUCGUGCAGGCCAGUCAAGUUCAUCCAAACCAAAUUCUCUCAUCCAUGUCUUUAUGGAUCUUGCUUUGUGCACUGCGCACAGAAAUGUUGGAAGAGGAAGGGGUAAUACUCAAAUUGUUUGACAGUUCAUAAUCUCUUGGUAUGCUGAAGCAAUGAGAGAUCCUUUCACUGGAGCUCAGGGGUUAAAUUUUCUGGACAAUUUCAACUUUGUGGGAACAGUUUGGAGAUGGGCCCUUCCAGUUCCAACAUCACUGUGCAUCAGUGGACAAAUCAAGUUUCAGAAAGACAUGGAUGAGAGUACUUAUAUACAUUCAUUGGUUGAUUUAUUCGGUACACCUAUACGAUGCUAUACAAAAGCUGUAAAUUAUUAUUUGAUUCAAUUUUUACUGACAGGGUUUUAUUUAACAGAGUAUGCUUAUUGUUAAUGUAGUUUGCCAAGGUGUACCAAAUUAUAUACAGCUCUCAGUAUGAUGCAGUGCAGUUCUACAUCACUGAAAACUCCAUCCAUCCAUUUUCUAUUGUGCUUGUCCCCAUUAGGGUAAUGUGUGAGCUGAAGCCUGUUACAGCUGACUUUGGGCAAGAGUCUGAGUAUACUGUGGACUUGUUGCCGGUCUAUCACAGGGCACAAAUAGACAAACGACCAUUCACGCUCACAUUUAAACACUGCUCUACACCAAAGAAGCCCACGCAAGCACGGGGAGAACAUGCAAAUUCCACAGCCUCAGCCAAGAUUCAAGUCCAGAACCCCUCGACUGUGAGGCAGAUGCGCUAAACAGUCGUCUGCAAACUACAACCACCAAAAUGAACAUUGUUGAAUUAAUACCCCUAUUACAGUGUCAAUCAAGACAAUUAGCAUAUCUCUGAAGGCAGAUUUGUAUUAUUUUUAUUUUAUUUACUUAUUUUUUAAUACAACUGUUCUUAUACCGAAUCUUAUUACAGCGUGCAAAUGUCCCUCCUGGUGUGGUGACUGAGUGUAUAUUAUUAAUGAAAGAGGUUGUUUGCAAUACUGAAUGUUCCAGACAAAUGACAUACGAGUAGAUCUCACACAAUGACAGAACAUCCUGGUUUGUGUAGUAUGCAAGAAGAGCGCAUUUUCAUCACAUCACUAUUGACACACUGAAAAUGUGGAUGUUGUCUUUGUGCUUCAGCAGACAUACAGCGACCUUCUAAACAAACACAUUAUUAGUCUGUGUUUGUUUUUAGCCUGUUUCCUCACCUUUAGCUAUACUUUAUACUAUAGUAGGCUUAGUGGAGACAGACAGGGUUUGUGUGUCGUGUGCAUAUGACAUACAUUUGAAACCAGGUGUUUACAUACACUACAUUAAAAUAAACUUUUUUUCCACACUGUCUAACCUGAAAUCACACUGAUCUUUUCCUGUUUUAGGUCAAUUAGGAUUACCAAAAUGAUUUCUAUUUGCUAAAUGCCAGACUAAUGAGGAUUAAAAAUUAUUUUUUUAUUUGUCAUUAGCCUAGUUUACAUACCUAUUGUGCCUUUUUCCCCCUGCACUGCGUCUGAAUGUUUACAUGGUGUAUCAAAUAAAAACAGGUACACAUAUGCAGUACAUUUUUGUAUGGUAUUAAUUUAAGAACUUUGUUUGUGAUGAUGUGACUUAGAUAAUGCUCACAUCACAUGCUGAAAUAAAGGGAAAAUCCAAAGGGUUCACAUACUCUUUCUUGCUACUGCUUUCUGUGUGUAUAUUGUCUUCCUUUGUUUGUUUGGCACAGCCCUUGACAUCCCACCUUUAUUGUGACGUGUGUGUGUGUCUGUGUGUAUGUGACAUCUUUUUGCUUCAAAUGUAUGUGUGGUGCACUGAUAAGCACCCACACACAAGCUCCUUACGACCUGUCAGGGGGGUUUCACUUCAGGGUUUGACAUUGGUGACCAGUGUGGAAUGAUGAUAGCAUCUUGUGUGUGUGUGUGGUGUCCAACCUAUCAACACACAAUAGGUCUGUCUGGUUGUUUACCAAGGCUACACAAAUGGAUAAGUGAAGCAUGUUUACUAAGAAAUGUAAUAUGGCACCACUCAUGUAUUGACUGGACAAUAGAAGUAGUAUGGCAUUAGAUACAUUUUGCAAAUAUAAGGCAUUUGUUCUAUGAACGCUCAUGUAAUCCAUUCAACUUUGUUCUGUGUGUGUGUGUGUGUGUGUUUAGUGAGCUAUAAAACGUGAGCAAAUGUACCAGAGAAGAUCUCUGAGGUCUACACAGACAGCCAGUGUGUGGAACAGCAAAUGUUUCAACGGAUAUUGGUGCACAAUGACCAGUGACUGUGGCUCAACGUAAACAGGAAGAUGUACUCAAUCAGAAGCCUGCCCACAGUAACUCACCGGGAGCAACGAGAGGAAGAUGGCAUUGAAGACAUGACAGAGCUUGAGGAGAUGCACGAUGAUGCUGUUCUUCUUAAUCUAAAAACAAGGUUUGAACGGAAUCUUAUUUAUACCUAUAUAGGCAGUAUUCUGGUUUCUGUGAACCCUUAUAAGAUGUAUAACAUCUAUGGGACAGACAUGGAGUUGCAGUACAAGGGUCAUGCCAUGGGCGAGAACCCUCCACAUUUGUUUGCUAUAUCAAAUGCUGCUUAUACAAAAAUGAUGGAUGCCAAACAUAAUCAGGUCAUAAUUAUCAGUGGGGAGAGCGGGUCUGGGAAAACAGAGGCCACCAAACUUGUCCUUCGCUACCUUGUAGCUUUGCAUCACACAUGUGAUCUUGCCCAACAGAUACUUGAGGCAGCUCCUCUGCUGGAGUCAUUUGGAAAUGCCAAAACUGUACGGAAUGAUAAUUCCAGUCGCUUCGGGAAACACAUGGAGGUUUUUAUGGAGGAUGGUGUGAUCAGUGGUGCCAUAACUUCUCAGUAUCUUCUGGAAAAGUCUCGUAUCGUCUUCCAGGCCAAAGAUGAGAGGAACUAUCAUAUUUUCUAUGAGAUGCUGGCAGGUCUUCCUUCUCAGCAGAAGCAGACUUUCUAUCUCCAGGAGGCUGAGACCUACUAUUACCUCAACCAGGGAGGGGAUUGUGGGAUUACAGGAAAGGAUGAUGAAGAGGACUUCCAGCAUCUGCUUGUUGCCAUGGAGAUCCUUCACUUCACCUCAGACGACCAGUCGGCCAUUUUUAGAGUUUUGUCUUCCAUACUGCACUUGGGCAACGUCUACUUUGAGAAAUAUAAGGCUGACGGCCAGGAGGUGGCGACAGUGGUGAGCGCUCAAGAGAUCAGGGUGGUAGCAGAACUGUUGCAGAUCUCUCCAGAUGGCCUGCAGAAAGCCAUCACUUUCAAAGUCAUGAGCACAGCCGCAUCCCCAGUUAUGAGGGAGACGAUGAGAGACAAGAUUUACACGCCGCUGACUGUGGAAAGCGCUGUAGAUGCCAGAGAUGCGGUUGCCAAGAUCUUGUACUCGCUGCUCUUUCACUGGUUAACAGAGAGGGUCAACGCUCAGGUGUAUCCUCACCAACAUACUCUUUCCAUUUCCAUCCUGGACAUUUAUGGAUUUGAGGAUCUGGCAUACAACAGCUUCGAGCAGCUGUGCAUUAAUUAUGCCAACGAGUACCUGCAGUUCUUCUUUAACAAGAUCAUUUUCCGGGAAGAACAGGAGGAGUACAGCAGGGAGCAAAUUCCGUGGCAGGACAUUCCAUUUAAUGACAACCAGCCCUGCAUCGACCUCAUUGCCGCCAAGCCUCAUGGCAUACUGAGAAUCCUGGAUGACCAAAGCUGUUUCCCACAGGCGACAGAUCAUACCUUUCUCCAAAAGUGUCACUAUCACCAUGGCAACAACCCAUUGUAUGUGAAGCCAAAGAUGCCCCUCCCUGAGUUCACUAUCAAGCAUUUUGCUGGACGUGUCACCUAUCAGGUUUACAAAUUCCUUGAUAAAAACUACGACCAGGUUCGUCAAGAUGUCCUGGACCUGUUCAUUCAGAGCAGGAACAAGAUGGUGUCAAACCUCUUCCUGGCUCACGCAGAGUUCCUGGGGCAGCAGAGAGGAGGUCAUGUGAGGAAGAGCAGCACAGUCACCAGGAAAUACCAAGCAUCCACUGUCAGCAGCAAGUUCCAACAGUCCCUCCUGGAGCUGGUGGACAAGAUGGAGAGGUGCAAUCCAUUUUUUGUCCGCUGCAUUAAGCCAAAUAACAUGAAGCACGCAGGUGUGUUUGAGGUUGACCUGGUUAAAGGUCAACUGCGACACUCCGGCAUUAUGGAAACCAUCAGGAUCCGCAAAGAGGGAUAUCCUGUCAGGAUGCCUUUUUCUGUCUUCCUCUUCAGAUAUAAGUCCCUGGUGGGAAUUCAACAACUGCCAUUAGCCACUGGAGACCACUGUGUGCUGCUGCUCAGUAAACUGUGCCCUCUCAGACCAGGAGACUACCAUGUCGGGGUCACAAAGUUGUUUGUGAAGGAGGCGGUCUACCAGCUGUUGGAGUGUAAGCGGGAGUGCUGUCGCCAGCUUGCUGCACUCACCCUGCAGCGUUACGCUCGCAUGUACUUUGUCAGGAAACGCUACGUGGACCUCCGCAACAUGAUCAUCAGGCUACAGGCGCAUUGCAGAGGCUUUCUUAUGAGACGGCACUAUGUGAAAAUGAGAGACAGCCUGGUUCAGUUCCAAUCCCUCAUCCACUGUCAUAUCAGCCAGAAACGAUAUGUCAAGAUGAAGUUGAUGGCCCAGAGGAAAGCUGAGGAGGAGAAGAAGAAGAAAGAAAUGGAGCUGAUGAAAAGAGAGGUGGUAAAUGUCACAAAUUUGGUGAUCCCUGCACAGCUUGGUACUCUACUGCAAGCAGCAGGAGUCAGUGGUGAGUUGCACUCUGACUGCUUGGCCCUGCUUCAGGCUCCUCAUAUCCAAGAGUCCUCUUCCAAUCAACUCACUCUGCCUCUGGACAUCAACAACUACCCCUUUUAUCGUUACGUGCUCAGCUACUUCAGAGAGCCCAAGUUUGGGAUGUUGCUGACACCCCUGGAGGCACCUCUAACAUGCAUAGAAGAGGACCUGAAAGAAGAAGCACUGCAGCUUUUCAACAUGGUGUUACGAUUCAUGGGGGACCCUCACCUGAACGGGGCACAGGAAAACAUGUUUGGCAAUUAUAUCAUCCAAAGAGGUCUCUCAUCUCCGGGGUUGCGGGAUGAGAUCUUGGCUCAGGUGGUCAACCAGGUGUGGCGAAAUGUCAAUGAUGACAAUGCAGAGAGAGGCUGGCUUCUGUUGCUUGCAUGUGUCUGCAGCUUUGCUCCCUCACCGCAAAUGGACAGAUAUCUACUCAAGUUCGUUUCUGACCACGCUGCCAUUGGUUGCCAAGCAUUGCUACAACAUAGUCUCAUGCAAGUCGGUCAGAAGAUGCAGCAGAGUUCAGGUCCCGCCUCUGAGACCUCACGGACCUAUCCGCUGUCACUGCUGGAGUGGACGGCCAACAGGAAAAAAGCUAACAUGGUGUUACAUGUGCAUUGUUUUGAUGGAGAGUCGUUCCUGUGUCCCGUCCACUCCUGGACCAGCGGCGAGGAUAUAUCGGGAGACAUCCUCCGGCACAGAGGUGUGUCAGAAUGGUGGAGAGGGAGUUCUAUCCUGAUGAAGGAGCACGGCCAGUGGGUGGAGUUAGCGGGUCACGACUACGUGAUGGACCAGAUUGCAGACCUGGAGCUUCCAAAUGACUUCCCAAAGCAGAAGAGCUACUUCAUCAUCAGUACUGACAACCCCACUAGAGUCAGAGCCAACACCAGCCUGUCAGUACACAAGGACCACUCCAUUCACGACCUAAUACAGUACUGUGAAGCUUUUUUUGCGCCAAGCAGAUGUGUUCUUCUGUUUUCUUCCAGAAAAUUAUUUGGUAGUGGCUUUGACUCAGAUGAUGAACUUGUGCCUUCUAUUCCUCUAAGCGGAGACUGCAGACCAGCCUACAGCCUGUCUGACUCUGACGGUUACCACAGCCACGUCGAGUCUGAUGCGUUCAGUGAUGGUCAGACUCAGAGAGGAAUGGACCGCUAUCUGGACAGCCUGUUCGAGCCCGUGCUGUCGGACAGCACCGUGACUGGAAGUUUGGCAGCAAGGAUUAAGGGAGGUGGAGGCAUCUCAGGAGGUGAAAGAAGAGAGGGGGAGAGUCAUCUGGUUCCAAGUAGAUCGUAUCCACCCGGAAUACACCCUGGAGGAACGGAGCAGGCCUUACUGACUCAACAGCAACAAGCCAUUAUCAACCAGCAAGCCAUCAUUCUGGCCCAGCAGAUGACCAUGCAGGCCAUUGCAAUUCAGCAGCAGAUGAUGUCCUCCUUCCCUGCCUCUCAGUCGCCGCCACUACAUUAUUACAUGCACUCACCGCAACAUUCUCGCACACCAAGCCCAACUAGAGAGCGAGAGGAUUCACCACCAAGGUCCAGCUCUCAGCACAAAAUGAGUCCAACACGUGACCCCCCUCCAGAGGAUGUGGUCCGUGCCAGUGUGAGUAACACCGAACGCAUAGAGCCCAGCCAUGAUAUCAAAGACAUCAUCAAACAGCACCAACCUGCCUGCAUGACUCCCUCUGGCUCUUCCAUCAGACGGAAAGAUGAGGGAAAGGUUUUUAUGAAGAAGCCAGACCCCCAUGAUGAAGCCAUGGAGAUCCUUAAAGACCAAAUGACUCAGAAGAAGUCUCAGUCUUUUCAUCACAAAGAGGAGAGAGGAGACACCAAAAUAACCAAGCCUGUUGAACCAACUGACUCCAACAUUGACCACGCUCCUCCUUCAGUCUGCAGAGAGUUGCCAGUCGAAAAUGAGGUCAUCCAGACUCAACUCCACAGCAGGACCAGCGAUGAAUAUUACACCUACACCAAUGUCCCUUGGAAACUUUACCUGAGGAAGGAGGUGUUUUAUCCUAAAGAGAACCUCAAUGAUCCGCUGAUGUUGGACCUGGUCUUCAGACAGGUGGUACAUGACACAUUCUCUGAGGCCUGCAUUCGUAUCACUCAAGAAGAGAGACAAAAGAUGAAAACUCUUUUCGUUGAAAACCAGGUGGAUCAGGUUGUAGGAACUCACAAUGAGAAUGUGAAGAAGAAGGUGGUUGCCAUGGCAAGAGACUCAUGGGAGAUCUACUUCUCUCGCCUUUUCCCAGCCUCUGGCAGUGUGGGGACGGGAGUGCAGGUGUUGUCUGUGUCACAAAAAGGCAUUAAGCUGCUUAAGUUGGUGAGGAGCAGUUCCACUGGCCCAGACUACUUCAGAGUACUGAGGCCUUACAGCUACUCGGACAUCCUGUUCGUGUCCAUUCCAUCCAAAAACAUGUUGGAGUUCAAUCUGGUCAAUGAGAACCUGAUUCUGUUUUCUGCUAGAGCCCACCAGGUCAAAUGUAUGAUCGACUACUUCCUCACAGAGAUUAAGAAGGAUUCGGAGUAUAUGGUGGCAGUGAGGAACUACAUCAAAGAGGACAGGACGCUGCUGAGCUUCCACAAAGGCGAUAUCAUCAGACUACAGCACAUGGAGGGCCUGGAGGCAGGCAAAAGUUAUGGCUGCAUUGUGAAGAAAAACGUGAUGCUACUGGAAGAACUCAAGAGAGGCACCCCUGAUUUUGGCUGGCGGUUCGGGGCGGUGUGUGGGAUGUCUGGAGCGUUUCCCAUUGAACAUGUUCGACCUGUGGCUGCUCCAGACUUCCUGUUUCUCCCAACAGUGAGGGCGGAGCCUCGCGACAGACAAGGACGCGUCGCUGCCUCGGCUGCUGUUGCCGUUGCGAUGGGCUCAGCGGUCGCGGCCCAAGAGCUUGACCGCUCAACGGAAGUAGUGAAGGACACGUAUGUGGAGAGCCCAGAUGAGGAAUUGGAUGAUAUGUCGCAAUAUGGCAGCCAGUACCACAUGAUUGAGUUUGCCAAGAGGUACUUCAGAGCGGCACAGAGAAACAGGAACGAUCCAAAAGCCAAAAGGGGGAGAGAGGGCAGGGAUCCAGUCGAUAUGAUCAAAUUCUCCAAGUCUCCACUCCACGGGUCUCUGAUUGACUUCUCAGACAGUGGAAUGAACAAAGUGGCUUCUGACAUCUCCUCAGCCAUAAUGAAGUUCAUGGGAGACCUACCACUGAAAGGUCAGACUGAACAGGACCUUGUCAACAUAAUACUGAAGUUAAGUGCUGAUCAUGGCCUGAUUAAAGAUGAAGCCUAUUGCCAGGUGAUGAAGCAAGUCACUGCCAACAACAGCUCCAAACCAGAUAGUUGCCAGAGGGGAUGGAGGCUGUUGUACAUCCUGACUGCUUUCCAUCGCUGUUCACAUGUUAUGAAGCCAUUCCUCUUCAGCUUUCUACACGACGCCUGUGUCAGCAUUGGUCUGCAGUACCAAGGUAUUGCUAAGGCAUGUGAACAGAAUCUGAGGAAAACAUUUCAGUAUGGAGGGCGUGUACAGUACCCCAACAGCAUGGAACUGAAAGCAAUGAUUGCAGGGCGGAGCUCCAAAAGACAACUGUUCCUGCUGCCAGGUGGGAUGGAAAGGCACUUGAAAAUCAAAACAUGCUCUGUCGCUUUGGAUGCCAUUGAGGAGCUUUGUUGUGAAAUGGACCUACACAGAGUGGAAGCUUUGGAUGAAUAUGCUAUCUUUUUGGUCACACACAAAGGUCAAAAUGUUCGUCCUCUGAUCAAGAGGGAAUACAUCUUGGAUGUUGCUACAGAAGCAGAACCAAUAGAUGCCAACUACAGUCUUUGGUUUCGAAGAGUCAUCUGGAGUCUUGCUUUGAAACUUGAUAAUGAACUCUAUGUUACCAUGCAUUAUAACCAGAUAUUGCCAGAUUACUUGAAGGCCUUUCUGAGUGUGGUCCCUCUCAGUAAGGCCACUGAACAACAUCUGCAACAGCUUGCCAGACUGGCUGCUCUACAGCACCGUGCCAAAGACGCUGUCUAUCUGCCCACCUUACGUGAGUUGCAGGAGUGUGUCCCCCCACAGUUCUACAGCAAACAGAAUCCACAGCAGUGGCUCAAUAUGGCAACUCAACAUAUGCAACAAGUCCAGCCUCUAAACCCACAUCAGGCCCGUGCACAAUUCCUUGGUCUGGUGAGUCCUUUUCCCAUGUUCGGCUCAUCCUUCUUCUACAUCCAGAGUUCCAGCUCGGCCUCUAUCAAGGCUCCAUGCAUCCUGGCGGUGAAUCUUAAUGGACUCCACUUUCUUGACAAAGACACUCACGAGGCCAUGGUGCGUUUCCCUUUAAAGGAGGUCCAGUCAACCCGCACCCAGAGACCAACAUCAGGCUCAAGUUACCCAUACGUUGAGAUAAUGAUUGGAGAUGUGCUCAACCAACACAUCACUCAGCUUCAGCUAGAGCAGAGUCUGGAGCUGUGUAGAGUGGUUGCCAUGCACAUGGAGAACAUGCUGUCUGUCAGAGAAAAGAGACUCACGUUGCCUCCAAGUGAAAUAACACUAUUAUAACAUACAAACAUUAUAAAGGGCCACACAUGUAAGGUGUAAUUUUGUGAGAGGAGCUGAUUCUAUCAUUUCUUCUUGUGUGGACCAGCUAAAAUAUCCAUCCAAUAAAGGUGGGAUGUCAUGGGUAACUUAUGCCAUGCAAAGAUAGAAAGACAAGAUCAAACAUGGGAAACCCAUACACACGUAUACACCAUCCAUUAUUAUUAUUUUCAUGCCCCUUCAAUACAUGGCAUUUACCUCUGUUUUCUUAAUGGACUAUUUUUUUUUCUACUUCAAUGGUAAAAUGAUACCAUUCCAAUUCAACUUUGAUUAGCUUUACAAACAUUUGCAAUGGUGAAGAGCUAAUAAAUAUAUGGAAACAAUCACUUCAGCACGGACUAACCCUUAUAAUUGCUAUUGUUUGGACCAUUGCAUCUAAAAAAAUACAAUUUGUCAGGUUCAAUUUUAUUUAAUCCAGUUAAUACUGUAAUUGCAUUAUUUUUUAUUGACGAAACAUUUGAGCGCUUCACACUUGAAUCCAUCCAUUUUCCGUACCGCUUUAUCCUCACAAGGGUCGCGGGUGUGCUGGAGCCUAUCCCAGCCAUCUUCGGGCGAGAGGUGGGGUACACCCUCAACUGGUUGCCAGCCAAUCGCAGGGCACAUAUAAACAAACAACCAUUCACGUACACAUUCACACCUAAGGGCAAUUUAGGAUCUUCAAUCAACCUACCAUGCAUGUUUUUGGCAUGUGGGAGGAAACCCACCCAGGCACGGGGAGAACAUGCAAACUCCACACAGGCGGGGCCGGAAUUUGAACCCCGGUCCUCAGAACUGUGAGGUGGAUGUGCUAAUCAGUCAUCCACCGUGCAACUCACACUUGAAUAUAUAUUGAGCGGUGGUCAAACCAUCCCCGAGCCAAUAUAUAUAUAUAUAUAUAUAUAUAUAUAAUGAAAAAACAGCCCCUGCACACCACACUAUUACACAUCAAUGAGUCAAAUGUCUGCAGUAAACAUUGUGAAUCAAAAGUGGAAGUGAGACAGUGUCAGGAAGGUUCUUAUCAUAGAUUGAACUCCUUUUGGUGCGUCCCUGUUGACACAUAGUUGAUUUUUUGGAAACUGGGAUGAGUAGGACUUGCUUUCAGAAGAACUGAAUGGUUUGACUGGCCUUGAUUACUGAGCGACUGAAUUUAACUUGCUAUAAUGUGCUCUUACAGUGAGUAAAGAGCUCUGCUGUGGUAGCUGCCAACUCCUGUUUUCCGUUUGUCCUUGCAGAAAUGAACGUGACGUGCAUUCCAAGUGUACUUAAAAAUAAUUUUUGCUUUUAUAGUUGGAAAAAAAUAGGAAGGAUGCUGCUGACACUAAAUAAAUAAUUUUUACUCCCUGCCAUUAAUUCAAAGGGAGAGACCAUUUCAACAUGCAUAUUUUGACAAUAUUUUAGCACUGACUUCAAUAUUUUCUGUAAAAUGCAAUUGUAAAUAGUUAUUGUACAAAAUAAAUGCAUGUGAAUUCAUUAAAGUUUGUAGCAUGACUGAAUAAAAUGUGCAAACAUG